ACUUCAUUGUUAAAGGAAAAGCAGUAACACUCGUGUCAGAAUUAUACUCCUGUCGAUGGCAACAAGGCAGUUUCUGUUCCACUCGCUGAAUGAGGUCACGGGGCGUUCAUUCAUUGUAGUCUGACUUUGUGACUCUAUUGUUGGUGAUAGAAUGAUAAAGUUGAUGGUGGAUUUUGCAAGAUACACCUGAGGUACAGGUGCUUGGAGCUCUUGAUAAUGUGUACUGCGUUACAUGAUCUGUAAAUCGUGGGCUAUGCAUCCUUUACACUCGACUGGAACACCUAUGCACACACCUAUGCACGCAUGUGUUUCGCGGAGAGUGGUGCUCAGCGCUGUGCCAGGUGCUGAAUUAGGCUCUGAGGUGCAGCAGUGACCUGGGUGGUCAUGUCUCCGCCUCGCCCGGCCACCUCCGUUGAGAAACCUGAGCAGCCGACGGCGGAGUUCUCUCAACGGAGCGCCGCCAGGGGGCGCGCGAGGCAGGGCGGAGCUGCGUACUUUGUCCGCCCGCGCAGCCCGUCGCUCGCGCCGCGGCGGGAAUAUGCGACCUGGCCGCGCACCACCGCCCCUUCUCGGCCUUCCUGCAUUUGCUCAGGGUCGGCACGCAGUAAUGGAGAAGGAAGCGGAGACCGAGGAGCAGCGAUUCUCUUACCAACAGAGGCUAAAGGCAGCAGUUCAUUAUACUGUGGGUUGUCUUUGCGAGGAAGUUGCAUUGGACAAGGAGAUGCAGUUCAGCAAACAAACCAUUGCGGCCAUUUCGGAGCUGACUUUCCGACAGUGCGAAAAUUUUGCCAAAGACCUUGAGAUGUUUGCAAGACAUGCGAAAAGAACCACAAUUAACACUGAAGAUGUGAAGCUCUUAGCCAGGAGGAGUAAUUCACUGGUGAGAGAUGAAUUUCUUUCCUCACUUCCCUUUCCCAUUGGAAUACAUUAUUCCCAAUCAAUCACUUGA